AUAUCCAAUUCAUUCCAUUCCAUUCCACUCUCUCUCUCUAGCAGCAAAUAUCCUAUUCCAAACAGCUAGCUAGCUUUAGUAACAAUGGGUUCCAUGACACUCCCCAAAGAGCUUCCCACCAUCAACUUCUCCCUUCAAGACUUGAAGCCUGGCUCAAGCUCCUGGGCUUCCACCUGCAAACAAGUCCGAUAUGCACUCGAAGAAUACGGUUGCUUUGUGGCAUUGUAUGAACAAGUCUCUCCGCAGCUUAUGAACAAUAUCUUUGGCCAAUCCAAGGAUUUGUUUCAGGUUCCUCUAGAAAACAAAGUCAAGAACACCAGCGAGGAGCCUUACCGGGGCUACAUCGGACCAAACCCGCUCAUGCCGCUCUAUGAAGGCUUGGCCAUUGACAACGUCACUUCCCCACAAGAAACUCAGAAGUUUAGGGACCUCAUGUGGCCUAAUGGAAAGACCAAGUUCUGUGAAAUAACGGAUCUGUUUGCCAAGUUGCUCGGAGACUUGGAAAAGACUGUGGAGAAGAUGUUGUUCGAAAGCUUUGGGGUAUCCCAAGAUCAAUACGAAUCGUUGUCGAGUUCAAACAGUCAUCUUCUUCGUUUUCUCAAGUACAAUACGCCGGAAGAGAGAGACGCAGUCAUAAGAUUCCCCAGCCACACAGACAAGAACUUCACCACCAUUGUUGUUCAGCAUGACGUCGGUGGCCUCGAGGUUCAGACCAAAGAUGGUGAUUGGAUUAGUGUCGAGUCUGCACCUUCUCAGUUUCUGUUCAUGGCCGGUGAUGGACUGCAGGUAUGGAGCAAUGACAGAGUGCAAGCUUGCCACCAUCGAGUGAAGCACUGCGGAGACAAGACUCGAUACUCGUUGGGAAUGUUUACGUUUAACAAUGGAGCAUUCGAGGUACCCAAAGAGCUCAUAGACGAAAGCCACCCUCUCGUCUACAACAAGUUUGACAGUCGUGGCUUCAUAAGAUUUUACACCACACCUGAGGCCAAGAAGGCAGAGUCGCCCACUAAAGCUUAUUGCGGUGUUAAAAACUAGCAUAUUCUCCACCGGAAUAUCCAAAAACAUAAGUUUGAAUUGUUGUUUCAACUAGCUUAGAAUCAGGAUCCAUGCUUUUCUUUGCUUUGCGAUCGAUCCCAUAUGUAUCUCCUUUGCUUUGUAGUUUGAAUAAUUACAAGUGGUUACGGUUCACUGUC